GGGGGCGCUCCCGGCCGGGAUGAGCUCACCGCAGUCGCGCCGGGGCUGAGUGCGAGCGGGCGGGCGGCUCCCGGGCGGCGGGGCCAUCAUGCUGGGCCUGGACGCGUGCGAGCUGGGGGCGCAGCUGCUGGAGCUUCUCCGGCUGGCGCUGUGCGCCCGAGUCCUCCUGACCGACAAGGAGGGGGAGCAGCUGCCUGCGGAUGAGCCGCUGGAUGAGGCCUUGCCUGAGUACCGGGCCCCGGCCAAGAGGAGCCUGCUGCAGAUCCAGCAGCUGGACACGGAAGAUGAAAGCCUGGCCUCCUACAAGCGGGCCCUGCUGGGGUCCCCACCACUCACCACGGACCCUGGCCUGCCCCAUGUGCAGGUGACCCGACUGACUCUGCUCUCGGACCAGGCCCCAGAGUCUGUCACCAUGGACCUCACAGGAGGGCUGGCAGCCUUGAGGACCCGAGUAUUUGUGCUGAAGGAGGGUGUGGACUUCAGGGUGAAGAUCACCUUCAAGGUCCACAGGGAGAUUGUCUGCGGGCUCAAGUGCGUGCACUGCGUCUUCCGCCGGGGCUUGCGUGUGGACAGGGCUGUGUGCAUGCUGGGCAGCUAUGGCCCAAGUGCCCAGGAGUACGAGUUCGUGGCCGAGGUGGAGGAGGCUCCGCGGGGUGUGCUGGCUCGGGGAGUCUAUGUGGUCAGGUCCCAGCUCAACGAUGACGACAGAAACGUCCACCUGUCCUGGGAGUGGUGCCUCCACAUCUGCCAGGACUGGACCGGCUGAGCACCCACUUGCCUCCCCUGGGGUCCUGCCCACCCCUGCCCUGCGUAGCCCCAGCCCCCAUCUGAGACAGUCCCUUCCCACCCCAGCCACCUCCCCGGCCUGGCGCUGUGCCCGGUCCUGCUAUUAAACAUGCACUGUGUCGGUG